AUGGAUUCCAGCGAUGCCUUCUCGCAGCACACCGUCGGCGAUGAGGCGUCGCAGCGCCCGCGCCGUAUGUCGAUGGAGGAGGAUUUGUUCUAUCGGGAACUCAUGACCUCACGACCGGCGAACCCACCUAGUUAUGAGACAGCCAUGAAGUCAGCCAUGGCCGCGCAAAGGAGAGCGUUGGCUACAUCACAACAGGGUUCAAAACCGGUCGCUCCUCCACAAGAUGUGCUGCCCAAGUACUCAUGUGAUAUACACGCGGAAGGGGUCUUUAUGAGAAAGAUGGAAAUCGAACAUACGAUCAAACGCGCCGAGGUCCGAAAUUGGCAGAUGGUUUAUGUCGAAUUGCGGGGGACUGCACUCAACAUCUACUCGGUCAAGAAGGAACGAACAUGGUUUACACCGAGACACGACGGCCCCGAUAUCUCGCCAGAUAGCCCCCCGUGGGUCAAGAAGUCUUCUUUGGAGAAGAGCUACUGUUUACAGCAUGCGGAUGCUGGUAUUGCCGCAGAUUACAGAAAACGGCGUUAUGUGAUCCGUUUACGAGCUGAGACGGACCAAUUUCUGCUUUCAUGCGUCGAGCUCAAGACGUUUGUCAAGUGGCUUGAUUGCAUCUUUGCCGCCAUCAACGUCGCAGCACCUAUCGAUGAGCGAGACUUUCCCAGGGACCAGAGUAUACCGCGACUUCAGAGGAUAAGAUGGCUUCGUGGGGAACGGCCGACUCCGGAUGACAACAUCAACGGUUUUCCGAGGUUGAGCGAGAGGAGGCAGAGUAUCGCGUCAAACGGGAGUGUUGAGGAGGAUGAGGAAAACAACAGGAAUGGGCGAAACAGCACAGCACGGCCACCGACGAUACACGAAGAGGAGAACGAGCGAGGAACUCAGGGGCAGGACGACUACGCGGCAUUUGCGCGAGGAGUUAUCGGUCAACAUCCGAUAGUAGGUCGGCUAUCGACAACAUCAUAUCCGAACGAGAACGUCGACCCAGAUACAGGGAAAUGGCGCCCGAGACAGAUAUGGACUGAGACGCACGACCAGUUGUAUGCUAAGCUCUGUUAUUCGGUCUUACUGUUCAAGAGUCCACGGAAAAGCAACUACAUUAUCUCAAACGGCAAACGAUGGUACGUGGACUGGGCCACAGGGCGGAUGGUACGCGUGCUGCCUCCAGCCUAUGGAGAAGUCGAGCUAUUCGGUCCAUGGCAGGUCAUCCGGGCGGAAAACAGAUUGCUUUAA